AUGUCUGUGGGGUUAAGUGUGGGGUCAUCCGGUGAUGGUAACCAUACGACCAAAAUUCAUUUGAUAUCGUGGCGAUGGGACACCUAUGCCACCACUUUCUACUUCAAUCUCAUCAUUCUGAUUGCUGCAUUAUUCAAGAUAGGAUUCCACCAUCUCCACCGGCUUCCCAAAUAUCUGCCCGAAUCUUGCGUCCUCAUUCUGACAGGCGUUUUGACGGGCGUGAUUGUUCACUAUUGGCUGGGAUUUGACAACUUUCCUAGAUUUACUGAAGAACUGUUCUUCAAUGUCCUUCUGCCCCCUGUCAUUCUUGAGGCCGCAUAUUCUUUAUAUGAUGACAAUUUCUUUUCCAACUUGGGAGCCAUCCUGAUAUUUGCUCUAGUUGGAACCUUAAUCAAUGUUUGUGCGGUUGGAUACUCGCUGUACGGAUUGAGUGCCGUGUCAUGGCUUGGCGUGAGCUUUGACCUUCCUCUGACGGCCUUGGAAUGCUUGAUAUUUUCGACUAUGAUCAGUGCCGUGGACCCAGUGGCUGUCUUGGCCAUCUUUGAAGAGAUUGGCGUCAACAUGGUGUUAUAUUUUAUGGUUUUCGGCGAAUCAUUGCUAAAUGAUGGCAUGACCAUUGUCAUUUACAACUCGAUGGUGACUUUACUCAAAAAACAGCAAGAGCACGAAGGUGACGGGAGUGCCAUCGAUGCCAUCGAUUAUGUGAUGGUUGUUUUGAGUUUCUUCAGUGUGGUUUUGGGGGGUUUCCUCAUCGGCCUGGUCAUGGGAGUUUUGACCGCAUUGACUCUUCGAAUUACCAAAGAAACGCGGGUAGUGGAACCUUUGAUUAUCUUUGGAUUCGCAUAUUUCGCUUUCCUUCUGUCCGAGAUGAUUCAUUGGUCCGGAAUCAUCAGUAUUAUCGUGUGCGGAAUCAUCCAAAAGCGUUACGCUUUCCUGAAUGCGUCCAAGAAGACGUACACCACCGUCAAGUAUUCGAUCAAGAUGCUUAGCUCUAUCUCGGACUGCAUCAUUUUUAUCUUCUUGGGCAAAAUUGUCAUGGACACCCAUCUGGAUUUUCGUUGGGGAUUCAUUGUUUGGACUAUUUUUCUCAUCACCGUCUUUCGCUUCUUGGUGGUUUAUGCCCUGAGCUGGUUUGUAAAUCGCCGACGAACCGUGGCUCUCUCCUACCAGGAACAAUUCAUAUUGGCCUAUGGGGGCCUCCGAGGAGCGGUUGGAUUUUCUCUGGCCUUGCUCUUUUUUGAUCACAACCCGGAUGAGAAUGUGACCGGAAAGUCUACCGUCUUCCUCACCACCACGCUGGUCGUUGUGUUCUUCACUGUGUUUGUCCAAGGUGGAACUAUCAAGCUCCUGGUGAAUAAAUUAGGAAUAAGCAAGGCCAAAUCGAACGACAGAGACAAGAUUUCUGGACGGAUCAACAAGAAAACCAUCGAUAACCUGAUGUUUGGGAUCGAAGCCAUCGUCAAACAUGAUGCCUUUCACACCACUUGGCAAUGGUUGGUCAAUUUUGACAACCGUUACGUGAAAAAAGUCUUGUUGAGCCGAAGGGCGUUCAAUCAAAUCUCUUUGCGCUUGGAGAAAAUCAAUCUAGACGAACACGUGAUGCGGCUUUAUGGUCCAACGGUCAUCGCCUCGCAAGGAAUGGAAAAAGUAGGCGAUGGUAGAGCCCUAGAAAGUUCCUCUUUGAGUGACAGACGAGCGCUCAAGGAGGCUUUCUUGCACAAUCCCUAUGCGCUAUACCGGAACAAAUACGGACAAAGCAGUGGAAAAUCCGACUUCAACGAUACCUUAUUGGAUCAACUUGGUUAUCGGAAUAAGCAAGUAUCGAACCUGUACGACCAUUUGCAAGCCAAGAAACAAAGACAUGGGUCUAACGAUAACAAUGAGACUAUGGAAAUGGUCAAUGAAGAAGCUCCAAGUAAAUCAUCAGUUCUGGAAGGAAUUGAAUCAAUGCUUAAGCCCGCCGAAAUCAAAGACCAAUACUUGAAGGCCAAAAAGAAGUAUAAAUCUACGUUCGUGUAA